AGAUGAUAUGACCCGAUGACCAGUCUGCUUCAAGAGUCCGUCCCAAUCGGACGCGUCGCCGGCUCAGAAUUAACGUCAUGAUACAGUGAUAAAAAUGGAGCACCAAAAUUUAGAAAAAACGACCUCAACAACGCCUAUGUUAUCGAAGGAUGAUAAGGAUAAAAUUGUUAUAAUAACGCCUAGUAAUGGGGCGGGGAAGAUAUUGAUUAGGGAGGACACGAUUUUGGCUAAUUUGCAAGGCUGUGCCGGUUGUGGUAAAACUCAGUUCGCGUGUGCUGGUGUCAAAAAACAGUGGUCUGCGCUUUGUUGGGGGAGACCAUCGGAUAGAAAAUAUUAUUGCAUGUUAGUGCUACUCUCUGCGACGUUCGCCUUGAGUCUAAUAGGAACUGUGUUCUUCUGUUUCACGAACACAAUCAAUGAUGCAAUUAUAUCGAACAUGGUAAUAAGAAACAACAGCAUCGCUUUCUCGAUGUGGAGACGGCCCACGGUACAUCCUUUGAUGAAGGUUCACGUCUUCAACUACACCAACUGGCAGAGGGUCAGGGAUGGAUUGGAUGAAAAGCUACACGUCGAUGAAGUUGGACCAUAUGUAUAUUCGCAGAACAUAGAAAGAGUUGAAAUUGAGUUCGAUGGCGACAAACUGAGCUUCCAGGAACGAAACAUCUUCAAGUAUCUCCCCCAUGAGAGCGUUGGAGCGCAUUUCGAUCAAGUUUACGUCCCUAAUCUGCCAUUAUUGGGUGUUCUUGCCAAGGCAGCCAACUUACCAUUCUUUGCGCAGCUGACUCUAGCCACAACAUUGUCAACCGUCGCCAACCAUAAGGAGGCUUUUCUGAAACUGCCAGUACAAAGAUUCCUCUGGGGCUACGAUGAUAGCAUCAUAGACUUGGCAAAACCGUUUUUAAGUCUUCAAGGGAAGUUAAAAUUCGAUAAAUUCGGACUUUUGGUAACUAAAAACGGCACGACUUCCGACCGGUUCACAAUCAACACAGGAGAAAACGACAAAAACAAAAUGAACCUAUUUGAAUUGUUCAACGGGCAACCAGCACUCGACUACUGGAAUAGUCCGGAAUGUAACAGUAUCGAAGCGUCGGACGGUACGAUCUUUCCGCCGUCUCUGCUCGACAGGAACUCUACGCUGUACGUGUUCUACCCCAACCUGUGUCGGCGACUACCUUUCAAAUACAUCAAGGAUGUUGAAAUUGGUGAUGGCAUACAAUUAAUGCGUUAUGGCAUGCCAGAUGACGUCUUCGAUGAUCCUGUCAGCAACCCAGCGAACCAAUGCUACUGUGAAGUUGACACCGGCGAAUGUCCCCCACGAGGCGUUAUUAAUGUCACCGAGUGUGCUAUGGGUGCUCCAGCAUUGGCCUCAUUCCCACAUUUCCUUAGAGGAGAUCCUAAGCUUAGGGAGGACAUUAGUGGCUUAAACGCGAACGCGGACCAGCAUGAGUCCUAUUUAGACAUCCAUCCCACAUUGGGCAUCGCUUUAAGUGGGAAAUCUAGUUUACAACUGAAUAUUCAAAUAAGAAAAACAAACUCAUUCGGUACCCUGAAUUUCUUGAAGCAAGGCCUUGUACUGCCUAUAGCUUGGAUAGAAAUGUCUGUGGAGGAGCUACCAGAGAGUCUCCAAACACUGGUGUACCACGGGACAUAUUCGACAGCGGCAGCGCAACUUGGUCUAACAGUGUUUUGUAUAAUAACAUUGACUGUAUCUUCAAUCUGUCUGUUCGUCAUGAUCGUGAGGAGGAAAAGAAAACCCUGUGCGACCUUAAAAAUAAUACCAGUAGAUACUGAAUUGAAAUCUCAACUGACAAAAUAAUUACGAUAAUUAUUUAUAGCUGCUAAAUUGAAAUUAUUACAGGGUUUUUUCUAUGUUUUUUGUGAAAACAAGAUGUAUAUAAAUAAAUUUGAAAAUAAAUGUAGCCUUUUUUGUAA